AUGUCUUCUACAGCUUCGACAUUCUCUGUACCCAAACUGGCCAAGGAUGGCUCCAAUUGGGUUACAUACAAGUCUCGUGUAGCUGUGGCUGUUGGUGCCCGAGGUCUAACCAGACACCUGUCUGGAACUGCACGAAAGCCAGAUCCUCUUGAAUAUACUAGGGAUUCUAAUGGCAUAGCUACAAAAACCGACGGCACUACCCUUAAAGAAGAAGACAUAGAAACCUAUGAAACCAAGCUUGAUGAAUACACUCAGAAAGAAUGUCUCGUCAUCCAGCAAUUAUUUUCUACUGUUCACGACGAAACUCUCAUCCAAAUCCAGGACAAGAGUUCGGCAGCUACAAUAUGGCUUACCAUUUGCCACAUGGACUGGAACUAG